AUGCCUCCGCUUCCAAAGGAUCGCGUUAUCCUCACGAAACCUUUUCAAACAGUCGGCUGUGGUUUCUUGGGACCUUUACGAUCAAAAACCAGUGGAAAACUCUACGUAUGCCUAUACACAUGUCUAACGACCAGAGCAGUGCAUCUUGAGGCAGUAGAGGAUCUGUCGGCGAUCGCCUUUCUCGACUCACUCAUAAGGUUCAUCUCUAGGAGAAGAGUCCCAAAAAUCAUUAGAUCGGAUUGCGGUACAAAUUUCAAACUUGGCCAACGCGUCAUUGAAACACUAUUCCAACAUGACGAGAAAAACGAAAAAAUUUUUGUGAUGUCGUACAGCGCUAGUAGAGGAAUACAAUGGGUCUUCAACCCGCCAGGUGCGCCCUGGAUGGGUGAAGCGUGGGAGCGCCUUGUAGGCACUGUCAAGCGGGCAAUCGCUAAAUCGGUUGGAAGAAGGAAACUAACACCUCUUGAACUGCACACACUUGUGACUCAAAUUGAAGCCAUAAUAAACACAAGGCCUCUUACAGCACUAUCAUUCAGUGUAGACAACAUCCAUCUCAAACCUAUUGACUUUCUUCAAACACACCUAAAACACAGAUUAACACCAACGAGCAGUGAAGAAUUCGAAGAUCCAUCAUAUGAUCUAACACUCAUACACACUAUGUCACAAGCAAAACAAGCGCUAGAUCACGUAAAGAUUAUAACUGAAAAAUUCUGGGUAAAGUGGCACGUCGACUACCUUACAGCGCUGCGCGAAAUUCAAAGCAACAUCCAAAAGCAGCCGCGCCACGUGAAGCAUAUAGAGCCGCAGCUCAAAGAGAUCGUCUUAGUGGAACAAGAAAACUUGCCGCGCGCAAACUGGUGUUAUGGGAAAAUAGUGGAGCUCGUUAGAAGCAACGAUGGCCUUAUAAGAUCGGCGAAGUUGUUAAUGCAUAAUAAGCACAUCUGGCAUAGGCCUCUUAACAAAAUGUAUCCUCUAGAAAUUUGUACAGGAGGUACAAGAGAGAUAUCGGAAGAUCAUACUUCAAACACAGCCCCUGACUUACCCCAAUCGAGUGAAGGAGACGUCCUCAAGUCUGGUAGACCGACGCGUGCUGCUAAAUUGAAGGCAAUGAAAACCAUUAGAAAAUUAUCGGAAGAACACAACGAGGUACAUGUAACGAAGGUCCAUGGAUCAAACGGACUUUUUAAUUUUGUGGCGUUGACAAUGAUUAUAACUAUGGGAUGUGCAGUAAGGGCAAAUGCCUCAAUCAAUUGCGCCAAUGGAAUUGUAAACGUCAAACCUCCGGCAUCCAAAUUCGAGCUAUGCAUACGUUCUUCAUGCAGAUAUUUUGAGAAUGAAUCACAAAAUCUCCGCUUACAAUUGCCGUUCACAGCAAAAAACACCAUGGCAAAAUGGCCAGCGCAGUUGCCUCUCAAUCAGACAGCGACGGUUCGGUCUCCACCGACGACUACUUUGUUCGCGAGCGCAGUAGGAGUAUCAUACAAUUAA